CUCCACGUGUUACCGCAUGCUAUCAAAGGCAAAUUUACGGAAUCUGGCAUCACUUGUACGCAAUCUAGUGUAUUUUGUAGAAGUCUGUGUUUCAUAUUGAUUUAGAAAUGGCUCAAAUAUUACGUUUUUGUAAAAUUAUGACGAAUUCAUUAAGAAAUGAUGUAUGUAAUUCUUCUAUCAGUCGAUCACUGUUGUCGAAAGUACAUAUUCCUUUGUUAUGCGAUGCGCGAAAUAAAACAUUUUUCAUAAACAAAACUGCGGAUGAAUUGUGGAAAGGCGUGACAUCCGUUAGCAAUGCGGGAAGGAAAAGGGGUAGAGCAAAAGGAUUAGCAAGGAAAAGAGAUUUAAAUAAAGGACAAAUUAUUGGUGUAGGAAAAACUCCUAUAUUAUUUCCUGGUCUAAAUGCUCCCAUAUUUAGAGGAAGGGAAAUGCUUCGACAGCAAAAGCUUCCUGUGGAUCCUGAGAGAGAAGAGAAGCUGAUAAAGUUCCGCCAGAGUCAGUCCAAACCUAAGCGGAUAAAAGUAUCGCCAUUAGAACGUGGUUGGACCAGUGCUGGAAUGGGUGGCAGAAGAAUGGGACCACCUGAUCCUGUCGGAGAUGAUACUUUUGAUGGUUUUGAAUCUUGGAUUUUGGAAAGCAAAAUAGUAACUCAUAUGACUGGUAAUAUGGGACGUAAGAGCAGGAUUAGUAUAUUUGUUGUGACAGGAAAUGGAAAUGGAUUAGCUGGUUUUGCAAUGAGAAAAGCGCCUAUAUCUAAAACAGCUAUAAGAAAUGCUAAAAAUAGGGCAGGUCAAAAACUGAUGUAUAUUCCCAGAUAUAAGGAGCAUACUGUGCUACAUGAUUUCUUUACACAGUUUGGAAAAACAAAGAUAUUUGUCAAAAAGAUGCAUGAGGGAUACGGGCUUAUUUGCCAUCGAGCGAUAAAAGCGUGUUGCGAGGCGAUUGGUAUAAAGGAUAUGUAUGCCAAAGUCGAAGGAUCUACGAAUUUGCAACAUAUUAUAAAAGCUUUCUUUAUUGGUUUAUUGCGACAGAAAUCACACCAACAACUGGCUGACGAAAAACGGCUGCACUUAGUCGAAUUUAGAGCGGAAAACGGAAACUAUCCAGAAGUAGUUGCCUCACCAUCAGUAGUUAGGAGACCAGAAGAAGUGCCGUCUAAUGAGGUUCUCGACUUUACUCAAUAUGUAAUGGAUGGCAAAAUAGUAUUGCAAAAGAAGAAACAAGAACCAUUCUACGUCAAAUUGCCAUCUUAUCAAAUACAUUUGAAGAAACAGGAACGAUUGAGACACUUCGAUGAUACGAGAAUACGGCUAAUGAGCGAACACGGGCGGCUACGUAGCUUUUUGACUAAACAAUAUCCAGAAGCACAAAUACGUAGACUCAAGCGAGAGAAAACCGAAGAGAGCGAAUAAAGGUAUUAUGCCCUAAUGUACAAAUGUUUAUAAUACAGUCUUUGAGUGCACUCUUA